UAGGGGUUACUCACUCGGUUAGGGGUUACUUAAUCAGUUAGGGAUUACUAAGUCGGUCAUAGAUUACUUGGUCGAUUAAGGGUUACUCGGUUAAAGGUUACUCAUCGAUCAAGGGUUAUUUGAUGUGUCAUCUGACGGUGUGGCUAGCCGCACACAAAAAUUGCUGCGAAAAAAAAAAAAAAAGAAUAUGGCGGAAAUAUUUUAACGAAGAGAUAUGUGUCAUCCCAAUUCCCAAAUACCCUUUGAUUGACAAACAAAUUGGGUCCAACCUGAAACAGCCGCAGCACCCAUAACUCGGCGCCUCCAUUCUCCACCCUCUCUUCUGUGUGCCGCCAUAACAAACUCAAUGGGCUCUGCUAAGAGGAAAUCAAUAGAUGGAGAAAACCCAACAAUGGGGUCUAAACCACCACCUCUUAAAAUGAUGAGAGAAGAUAACAACACUAUUGCUUGCUUCCAUGACGUUUCAUACCCUCAAGGCUAUGUCCCUCCUUCUACCAACUCUUCAACCUCUACCCCUGCUAAGGAAUUCCCCUUCUCCCUUGACCCUUUUCAGUCUGAAGCUAUCAAGUGCCUUGAAAAUUGCGAGUCUGUUGUGGUGUCAGCUCAUACCUCAGCUGGAAAAACAGUGGUGGCUUCAUAUGCAAUUGCUAUGUCGUUGCGGAACAAGCAAAGAGUCAUAUAUACUUCCCCUAUCAAGGCUCUUAGCAACCAGAAAUAUCGAGAAUUCAAAGAAGAAUUUUCAGAUGUUGGUUUAAUGACAGGAGAUGUCACCAUUGAUCCUAAUGCUUCUUGCUUGGUGAUGACAACAGAAAUCUGGCGAAGUAUGCAGUAUAGAGGAUCUGAAAUUGCAAGAGAGGUUGCAUGGGCAAUAUUUGAUGAGGUUCACUAUAUGCGUGAUAAGGAACGAGGUGUGGUAUGGGAAGAGAGCAUAGUGAUGGCUCCAAAGAACUCUCGGUUUGUCUUCCUAUCAGCAACUGUACCUAACGCUAAGGAGUUUGCAGAUUGGGUUGCUAAGGUUCACCAGCAACCAUGUCAUAUUGUAUAUACAGAUUAUCGGCCAACACCGCUUCAACAUUAUAUAUUUCCUUCAGGUGGAAAAGGCCUGUACUUGGUGGUGGAUGAGAAGGCCAAAUUUCGUGAAGAUAGUUUCCAGAAAGCCUUGAAUGCUCUUGCCCCUGCUGCUGAGGGUGAAAAGAAGAGAGAGAAUGGGAAGUGGCAAAAAGGUGUGGUUGUUGGUAAGUUGGGAGAAGAAAGUGAUAUCUUCAAGCUGGUGAAAAUGCUUAUACAGCGUCAGUAUGAUCCUGUUAUAUUGUUUAGCUUCAGCAAAAGAGAGUGUGAAUUUCUCGCCAUGCAGAUGGCAAAGAUGGAUUUGAAUGGGGACGAUGAAAAGGCGAACAUAGAACCUAUUUUCUGGAGUGCGAUGGACAUGCUGUCUGAUGAUGACAAGAAGCUCCCUCAGGUUACAAAUCUGUUACCUCUCUUAAAACGUGGGAUAGGAGUUCACCAUUCUGGCUUGCUUCCAAUUCUGAAGGAAGUAAUUGAAAUUCUAUUUCAAGAAGGGCUUAUCAAGUGCUUGUUUGCAACAGAGACCUUUAGCAUUGGUUUGAACAUGCCUGCAAAGACCGUUGUGUUUACAAAUGUCCGUAAGUUCGAUGGAGAUAAGUUUCGAUGGAUUUCUAGUGGAGAGUAUAUACAAAUGAGCGGUCGUGCUGGUCGGCGAGGUAUUGAUGAGCGUGGAAUAUGUAUUCUAAUGGUGGAUGAGAAGCUUGAACCUUCAACUGCCAAGAUGAUGCUUAAAGGGAAUGCUGAUAGUUUGAACAGUGCCUUUCAUCUGAGCUACAACAUGCUUUUGAAUCAAUUGCGGUGUGAAGAUGGUAACCCUGAAAAUUUGCUCCGUGACUCAUUCUAUCAGUUUCAAGCUGAUCGUGCCAUUCCUGAUUUGGAGAGGCAAGCUAAACAGCUUAAAGAGGAGAGGGAUUCAAUUAUUAUUGAUGAGGAAGAAAGCUUGAAGAAUUAUUACUCUUUAUUCGAGCAAUACAAAACUAUAAAGAAAGAUGUGCGUGAUAUUGUUUUUUCUCCCAAGUAUUGCUUACCUUUCUUGCAGCCUGGAAGACUUGUAUGCAUUGAAUGCACAAGAACUGAUGAAGAUCUUCCAUCUUUCUCCAUUGAGGACAAUGUGACUUGGGGUGUCAUUAUAAAUUUUCGAAGGAUUAAGAGUGUUUCUGAUGAUGAAGGCAGUAAAAAGCCAGAGGAUGCACGCUACACUGUAGAUGUUCUUGCAAAAUGCAUGGUGAGCAGAGAGGAUGGAGCAAAGAAAACUACUAAAAUUGUUCCACUGAAGGAUUCAGGAGAGCCUAUUGUAGUGUCUGUUCCACUUUCUCAGGUUUACAAUGUGAGUAGCAUACGUGUGAUUAUGUCCAAGGAUCUUUUGCCAUUAGAGGCUCGAGAAAACACUUUGAAGAAAGUAUCAGAAGUUCUGUCCAGGUUUUCUAAGGAUGGAGUUCCUUUGCUAGAUCCUGAAGAAGAUAUGAAGGUUCAAAGCAGCUCAUACAGAAAGGCUGUUCGCAGAAUUGAAGCAUUGGAAAGUCUGUUUGACAAGCAUGAAGUGGCAAAAUCUCCUUUGAUUAAGGAGAAACUUAAAACGUUGCAUAAGAAGCAAGAACUUGCUGCCAAGAUAAAGUCUAUUAAAAGACAAAUGAGGACGUCUACUGCAUUAGCAUUCAAAGAUGAGCUCAAAGCAAGGAAACGAGUUUUGAGGCGGCUUGGGUAUGUUACCAAUGAAGAUGUUGUGGAGUUGAAGGGGAAGGUAGCCUCUGAAAUUAGUAGUGCUGAUGAGUUGACACUAACAGAGCUUAUGUUCAGUGGCAUUUUUAAAGACAUAAAGUUAGAAGAUAUGGUGGCCCUUUUAUCAUGUCUUGUAUGGCAAGAAAAACUUCACGAUGCUCAAAAACCUAGAGAAGAACUUGAGCUGCUCUUUGUACAGUUACAAGAUACAGCUAGGAGGGUUGCCAAAGUCCAGCUUGAGUGCAAGGUCCAAAUUGAUGUUGAGAAUUUUGUGAGCUCAUUCCGGCCUGAUAUAAUGGAGGCAGUCUAUGCCUGGGCUAAAGGAUCCAAAUUCUAUGAGAUCAUGGAAAUUACACAGGUUUUUGAGGGAAGUUUGAUCAGGGCUAUUAGGAGAUUGGAAGAAGUCCUUCAGCAACUCAUUCUCGCAGCUAAAUCUAUUGGGGAAAUAGAGCUUGAAUCUAAGUUUGAAGACGCUGUCUCCAUGAUUAAAAGGGAUAUUGUCUUUGCUGCAUCAUUAUACUUAUAAUCUCUGAACCAUAUUUGUCUUCGUUUGCUUGGUGAGAUUUUUUGUAAAAUUCAUGCUCAAUUUAUGGAUCUGUCCACAAACUUGAAGAUUACUACAUAGAUUGAGCCCAAUGCAGUUGACAUGACAUUUCCAACAUUUUAUAUUAGGCGCAUGAAAAAGAAGCCACUACGCCUUGGCUACAGCCCAGAAGUCAAGUCGAGAGCUUGAAUUUCAGAUGGAAAAAGCUACUCCAACAUGUACGACAGCUCCAAGUAAUGCAAUAAUUAUAAUGCAACACCUACAGACUAGAGUCGAUUAAGAGGUGCUUCUGUUAACUUAUUUGAUGAUCCAUAGCCUACCAGAAUCUAGUUAAUCAAUUUUGUUAGAUUUUUAAUUUUUAAUUUGUACCAAUACUAAACUUGAUAAUGUAUAUUCUAUCCUCAAGGUGAAUGGAAUCUGUUAUUGUACCGUUUUUGCAAAUUUUCUUCCUUUUGUUGUGCAUCAUAACGCUCAUCUUCCAGUCACUAUCGUAACAACAUCAAGACUCAGGAUUUAUCCU